CAAAGUUCAUCAGACAUGGCUACUGAAGGACAUCAAAGCCCAAAAACUGUUCCCGGGGAGAAGCGGGCGGAGCGGAAGGCGGAGGCGCGGCCGGAAGGGGCGGAGCGCGUCCGGAUAAAGGCCCAGCUGCGGGCUGUUCCCCAAGUCCAGGUCCGGAUCGCAGCUAUGGCGCGCUUUGCCCUGCUUUUGGCCGCCACCCUGGUCACCGUCCUGUCGCUGUCGCUGCCCGCGGAGUCCGGGAAACCCCCGCGCCUGCUGGGCGGCUUGGAAGAGGCGGACGCGAGUGAUGCGGGAGUGCGGCGCGCGCUGGACUUCGCUCUCAGCGAGUACAACAAGGCAAGCAAUGACCGCUUCCACAGCCGCGCGCGCCAGGUGCUGCGCGCCCGCAAGCAGCUUGUGGCUGGUGUGAACUACUUCCUAGAAGUAGAGAUCGGCAGAACCACAUGCACCAAGUCCCAGCCCAACUUGACUGACUGUCCCUUCCAUGAAGAGCCGCACUUGAAGAGGAAUGCCGUCUGCUCUUUCCAGAUCUACACUGUGCCCUGGGCAAACAAAAUCUCCCUCACCAAGUCCAGCUGUCACGAUGCCUAGGCUCUGCCAGGCCACACCACACUGACCACCCCUUACUUGCAUCCCCUUUGGCAUCCCCUUCCCAAGAUGGAUCCUGGCCCUGACAGUCUCCUCAGUGCCCCAGCACCUGGGACCAGGACAGCAGGCUCUCAGGGCAGCGUGGACACCCACAUGCUCUCCCCUCCUCUACUCAAUCUUAACCACACCAGUAUGUGGCACCUAUGGCUGUCCCUUUCUUCAUCAAUAAAAACCUGCAAGAGUUCC